CCGCGCGGGUAUUUCCAUGCAUGGGCAUAGGGCGCGAGGAGGCCAGGCGCGCGCAUGCGCCCAGGGAGCCCGGGAAGCGGCCUAGGCGGAGGCGCGCAUGCGCCCCUGGGAAGGAAAGCGAGCGAGGAGCAGCGGCUGCGCCCGGCGGACACCAAUGCCGCCAAUGCGGGGGGAGCUUCGCGCGCAUGCGCCUUGAGCGGGCCGACGGCGGCGGCGGAGGAGGAGGAGCGGAAUUGCCAUGGAAGAUGAGGAGGUCGCCGAGAGUUGGGAGGAGGCGGCCGACAGCGGGGAAAUAGAUCGGAGGCUGGAAAAGAAGCUGAAGAUCAGCCAGAAGGAAAGCCGGAAGUCCAAGUCCCCCCCGAAGCUGCCGAUUGUGAUCCAAGACGAGAGCCUUCCUGCAGGACCCCCGCCCCAGAUCCGGAUCCUCAAGCGGCCCACCAGCAACGGGGCCCUGGGGAACCCCAACUCUGCCAGCCGCCCUGCUUUCCCAGUGAAGUCGCUUGCCCAACGGGAGGCUGAGUACGCCGAGGCCCGGAAGCGGAUCCUGGGCAGCGCCAGCCCCGAGGAGGAGGAGGAGGGCCAAGACAAGCCCAUCCUGGACAGGCCCACCAGGAUCUCCCAACCUGAAGAAGCCCGGCCGGCCAACAAUGUGAUCCGGCAGCCGCUAGGCCCAGAUGGUUCACAGGGCUUCCGCCAGCGCAGAUAGGCAUGGCUGCUCCCAAGCCGGACAGGAAGGCCGGUGGCUCUGCCGCCUCAUCAUCAUCUUCUCCUGGUCCAGGCAGCGCUGCGGGAGAGGACAAAUGGACCUGAGCAUAGGGGGGGCUUCCUCCCCCUGAGGGACUUGCUCUGUGCCCCCCUUUGCUCCUUCUAUGCCCGUUGUGCCCUUCAGCCCCUCGCACUGUGAGCCCUGCUUUGCUCUGGCGCCAUCUCCUGCCUGUCUGGGCCGACAGCAAUAAUGACCGCCAUGCCGUGGACUCCUCCUGCCCCAUCUCCCUGCAGGAGGGCUGACUUGCGGGGCCAGGUGCAGGAGCCCAGGCGCCGCUCUUGGCGAUAGCCUCUGCUUGAGCGGCCCCUUUGUUAGAGCAAGGGGGUGAAGGGCACCUCUCUUUGUCAGUGUGGUUGGGGUGGUGGACAGACUUGGAAGGAGAGGCCCCCAUCGGCCCUUAAGGGCAAACUGCCUGCUGAGCUGCGGAGGGGAGCUAGGUGCCUGAUGGGGGCAUUCCCUCGUCUGUUGAUGGAGGGGCCCCGGAAGGCUCUCCCCAACUCACUUGGCGGGAGGCCCAGGGCUGAGCGGUGGCUUGUCCCUUGGCGGCGGGUGAGAGCAGGAGGAGGUGCGCUGCAGGCCAAGGCUCUGGGGCAAAGGGAACCAUUGCCCUUCCGGUGGGUCUCCCUGACCGCUGCUUCCAGGCUGGCAAGGGCUUUUGGUGGGAAAGAUUUUUGGCUAGAAGGUUAUGAGCUGAGCCUAGGCUGGUGCUGCGCUGGGCCUCUCUGGUGAGGCUGCAGGAGAAGGAGCCCAGGGGCAGAGGGUCAGACCGGCUGGGCUGGGUGGGCUGCCAUGCUUUGGGCCCUCUGCCCCUUGGGAGGAGUGCUGCUCGCAGGCCAGCCAUGGAGAGAGGGGGGGCUGCUGAAGGAGCCUCUUCUCCUUCCCAGGGAGGGCAGUUGGCAAGUGAGGUGCCCUGCAGAAGGCGGCAGCCAUGGGUCGGGGGUCUGGGGAGCAGGAGCAGCCACCUCUGGGAGGGAGAAGCAGGGAAGGGGGAAGGGGGAAGGGGGUGCCUGGGCCCCGCAGCCAUUGCUUGCCGGGAGGGUCCCUGCCAGGGCUGGGGCCUCUCUGGGCCCCUCUAGCAGCCAUAUUCUGGGGGGCUGGCUUUGGGGCCCCCCAACCGCCCGCGCCGCCUGCGAGGGUGGACUACUUUGCUUCACUGUGUUUCCAGAGUCUGCCUUUUGGUUCUGCUGCCUGGUUUCAGAGCCCAGCCGGGGAUGGGAGGCCACUGGGGCGCUUGGCCCGCGGGCCCAAUCCUCUUGUGCUGGAUCAGAAGUGGAACCGUUGCCUCUUUCGGGGACCGGGAGGGAGGGAGGGAAGGGGCUCCUUUGUACCCGGGACUUGUACAAAAACGCCGCGGGACGAGUCGGUGCUCCAAGGGUCGGUCGUGGUCGUUACAGUAAUAAAACUACCUGUCUACAAAAAG